UAUUUAAAGCCUAGAGAUUUUGAUCCCAAGACACCCAUCGCAAGCAAAUUAUCAAAAACCCUUCCAUUAUACAUUUCUUUUUCUUUGCUUUAAUCAAUUUCUUGCAUUGAUAGAGGAGUGUAAUAAGCAAGAAAUUAAAGAAAGUUCCAAUAUGAAGAUGGGUGAUAAAAGUUUUCCUCCACCACAACCUUUCAAUGUCUCUGUUGAUAUGCCUAAUCAAGCUGGCUCUAAAUGGUAUGAUGAUGAUGGCCGCCUCAAGAGAACUGGAAGUGUUUGGACAGCGAGUGCUCAUAUAAUUACUGCUGUGAUUGGGUCUGGUGUUUUGUCUUUGGCUUGGGCUGUAGCUCAGCUUGGAUGGAUUGCUGGUCCUGCUGUUAUGUUCUUGUUCUCUAUUGUCACUUAUUAUACUUCUACUCUGCUCUCUGCCUGCUACAGAACAGGGGAUUCUGUUAAUGGCAAGAGAAACUACACUUACAUGGAUGCUGUUAGAUCAAAUCUUGGAGGUGCUAAGGUUAAGAUAUGUGGAUAUGUCCAGUACUUAAAUCUUUUGGGGGUUGCCAUUGGUUACACAAUUGCAUCAUCUAUAAGCAUGAUGGCAGUCAAGAGGUCAAAUUGUUUCCACAAGACAGGAGGCAAAGAUCCAUGCCAUAUGAAUGCAAAUCCUUACAUGAUUGCAUUUGGAAUAGCAGAAAUAAUUUUCUCACAAAUUCAAGAUUUUGAAAAGCUAUGGUGGCUUUCUAUUCUUGCUGCUGUAAUGUCCUUCACUUACUCUACCAUUGGCCUUGGACUUGGAAUUGCUAAAGUUGCAGAAAGUGGAAAAAUCAGGGGAAGUUUUACUGGAAUAACCAUUGGCACUGUAACUGAAACUCAGAAAAUAUGGAGAAGCUUCCAAGCUCUUGGAGACAUCGCUUUCGCCUAUUCUUACUCCAUCAUCCUCAUUGAAAUUCAGGACACGAUCAAAUCACCACCAUCAGAGGCCAAGACAAUGAAGAAAGCAACACUAAUAAGUGUAGCAGUGACAACGUUUUUCUAUAUGCUAUGUGGGUGCUUUGGGUAUGCAGCAUUUGGAGACAUGUCCCCUGGAAAUCUCCUAACUGGUUUUGGUUUUUAUAACCCAUAUUGGCUACUUGAUAUUGCUAAUGUUGCUAUAGUUGUCCACCUUGUUGGUGCAUACCAAGUCUACUGCCAACCCCUUUUUGCCUUCAUUGAAAAAACAGCAGCUCAAAGAUACCCAGAUAGUGACUUCAUCACCAAAGAAAUUAAAAUCCCAAUUCCUGGUUUAAAAUCCUCCUACAAUCUUAACCUCUUCAGAUUGGUUUUUAGGACAGUUUUUGUGAUUUUUACCACUGUAAUUUCAAUGCUCCUUCCUUUCUUCAAUGACAUAGUGGGUUUACUUGGAGCUUUAGGAUUUUGGCCAUUAACAGUUUAUUUUCCAGUUGAAAUGUACAUAGCACAGAAGAAAAUACCAAAAUGGAGUACAAGAUGGCUCUGUCUCCAAAUCCUAAGCGCUGCUUGUCUUAUUAUUACUAUAGCUGCUGCUGCUGGCUCCAUAGCUGGUGUUAUUACUGAUCUCAAGACAGUCAAGCCAUUUCAGAGCACUUAUUAGAUCAAUGCAAGUUGAUUGGUAUCUCCAGUAAACAAGAAAUGAAAAAUCAACACCUAGUUUUUAGUUUUUGUUCAUGUUCAUGUUCAUAGGAUGCCCAUUAAUGGGUUUUGUUAAUUGCUAUGAAGGUUUCUAAUCUUUUUUUUUUUUUUUUUUUUUUUUUUU